AUGGAGGAUAAGUACAUUGGACUUUUAUUAGCAAUCACUUCAUCUCUAGCCAUUGGAAGCUCAUUCAUUCUUACAAAGAUGGGAUUGAAUGCAGCUUCAGCAGAAAAUAAUUUCGAAGGUGCUGGUUAUGACUACUUGAAAAACCCUAUAUGGUGGGUAGGAAUGGGAACUAUGGCUAUAGGGGAAAUUGCCAAUUUCGCUGCCUAUACAUUUGCUCCUGCUAUAAUGGUUACCCCACUUGGUGCACUUUCCGUUAUUAUUGGUGCCAUUUUAGCCGCAAUCUUUUUGAAAGAGGAACUUGGAAUCUUGGGCAAAUUAGGAUGUGCAAUUUGUUUAUUGGGCUCUGUUAUCAUUAUUUUGCAUGCCCCAUCUGAUAAAGAAAUCCAAACGGUGGAUGAGAUUUUAACAUAUGCUAUGCAACCGGCCUUCAUUAUUUACGUGGUUGUAGUAUCGGUCUUUGCGUUGUUUAUGAUUUCGAGGGUGGUUCCCACUUAUGGAACCAAAAAUCCCAUGGUAUACAUUUCUAUUUGCUCCACAGUGGGAUCUAUAUCUGUCAUGGCCAUCAAGGCCUUCGGAAUAGCCCUAAAGUUGACUUUAAGCGGCAAUAAUCAAUUUACGCACUUGUCUACUUACAUUUUCAUUGUAGUUGUCGCCGUCUGUAUUAUGACACAAAUGAACUACUUCAACAAGGCUUUAGACCAAUUUGAUACCUCAAUCGUUAAUCCACUUUAUUAUGUGACAUUUACCACAGCAACUUUGACUGCAUCCUUUAUUCUAUACCGUAAUUUCGAUGAAAGUGACAGCAAGGAUUCUGUUUCAUUGAUUUGUGGCUUCUUGAUUAUCUUUGCCGGAGUAUACUUAUUGAAUUUGGCCAGAAAGAAGAACCACGAGAAGUUAUUUAGUCAUCAAAAUGAUGUCGAGAAUAUCCCAUUAGACAAUAGCGUGGGAGGGUUCACGGUGAGGAAAUCCUUCCAGGGCACUCACCAUCGUGUGGCAUCACAGAAUUAUCAGAGCGAAGAAAUGGUCCAUCUAACUCAUCAUGACGCAGACGAGGACCUAGAAAGGUUCAGAGUUUGA